AUGAAUCCCAUUUCCACAGAACCAUCAUCUCGUUCACAGCCAAUCCAUGAAUCUCCUUCCCACCAACCUCUCUCCGAUCCAAACAUCAUACCUCCAGCAAGUAGUAUCAUCCCAGUCGACGACUCACUACUCCACCGUUCGGGUCAAAAACGAAGUGAGCGUACCUAUGAAGUUCCUCAUGAUGAAUUUUACCAUUCAGGAAUUCAAAAUUUAGAAUUUACGAAUAUUAUGGCUCAUCAAUUAGAAUCCUCACAGCAAACUCAACAACAAAAUCAAACACCAGAAGGGAAUCUCUCUCUUAUGCCUCGUUUAUCACCUCAUGAACAAGAAAUAUUAAGGGAUGAACAAGGAUCUCCCAAAACGUUUCACUUGGCCAUUGGAAUUUCCAUUGUGUUGUGUGGCAUUGGUUGUUUUCCAUUCAGUUGUCUUCCAUUUUGGAUCGUGUAUCGAAUGUUUCGAAAUUCGGAAAGUCGACGAGCUCAACAAUUGUCGGAACGAUCCAAACACUUGUUUCAUGCCUUGUUGUAUUGUAAUGUGUGUUUAGUGUGCUGGAUCGUGUUGAUUGUUUCGAUUUUACCGCCCAUUCUUUCACAAGUGGUGUUGACACGAGCAUCAAAACCAUCUUAA